GGUGCCCGCGGCGGCGGCGGCGGCGGCGGGGCAGAUUGCGCGUGCGGCCGCGGCCGGCAGUGGAGCCAUCGAUUGGGUGGACCAGUGCGGUGCGCUAUGUCCUCUACGUCGCCGCGCUGGGGCCGCCGUGGCCAGGUGCGCGUCUCGGCCGGCGGCGCCGCCACAGCCACGCUGCCCGUGCCGGCAGCUGUGGCCGCCGUCGCCAGCGCCGCCGCCGCCGGAACCGCCAGGAUGAAGGACCCUCCGCGGCGCAACAAGUACUUCCGUAGUCGCUCGCCGGUGCACGAGCUGCUCUCGCCGAAAGGUGGCAGCACCGGCGAGCGCGCGGAACGCCUCAGCGACGACAAACGCUGGCGUAUACAGAUGAUGAUCGAGUACACGCCGAUCCCCGAGAGUGGAGAACACGAGCCCGAUCAGGAGCCGAAGGUCGGCCGAGAUGAGCUCAGACGUGCUGAGCUGGCCCGCGGUCCGUGCUGA